CAUUCCAAGGCAAAUGGCUAUUUGUAGCCUGGAAUACUGAAAACAGAGACGUUCAAGUCCCCAUCCUUUAUUCACCAGGGUGGAUUUCAACAAGACGCGAAUUAUUUCAUGACAUUCAAUGUUCGCCCAGGUGAAUUUGUGAAUAUGAGGCUUGAUGAGGCUUGCUGUGGCUGAUGACGUGGCUGGACCGUGUGUACGUCAUUCUCAACGGGUAAAGCGGGAACUUGUAGCCUUAAAAUACAUAUGCAGGGCGGCGCAUGGGAAGACAAACACCAAAGACGACGCGCCAUGAGACAUCACCCUCAUCCACACCAUGGCUCACCUUCUGCGCGGAAAGCAGGCUGGCGUCCACAACGAUCUUUCCACCGGCCUGGCCUCUGACCUGUUUAUUCUGGAUCAUGUCAAAAGCUACGGCAUCAACUCUCAAAUCUCGCAAAUAGCCUACGACCCCGUCCAAGCUCUUCUAGCCGUGGGCACCAACGAAAGCAAGUUCGGCCCCGGUCAGAUCUACGUCUUCGGCCAGAACCGCGUCGAGGUCAUCUUCCCCCUACCGCACCCCGCCUCCGUCAAGAUCCUCCAGUUCUGCGCCGAGAAGCUGCUAUGCGUUGAUUCCCGCAAUGACUUGUCCGUCUUCUCGCUCGUCACCAAUCGACUGCUCAACGCCCAUUCUCCGCCCGCUAAAAUCACCGCGCUACAUAGCGAUGCGACACUAGACUACGUCUUGUUGGGGACGGUCCAAGGAGAAAUUCUGGCAUACGAUUUGGACAGAGAACAGCUGGCUCAAUUCAAAAUCCCAAAUCUUUGGAGACAAGAGUUCCCUCAGUCCCGCCUCAGUUCAAUCGUCACACUCUCAUUCCACCCGCGAGAUAUUGGGAGUCUACUUAUUGGAUACACCACGGGUGCUGUCAUAUACUCAUUCAAACAAAACAAAGCUCUCAAGUUCUUCCAUUACGUACUACCCAAAGGGGCCCCGGGCGGUGAUUCGGAUCCUGGGAACAUUCAUAGAGAGCGGACUCCCCCUUUGACUCAAGCUGUCUGGCACCCUACCGGUACUUUCGUUCUGACAGGACACGAAGAUAGCAGUCUGGUGUUUUGGGACGCAAAAGAUGGUCGCAUUGUUCAGGCUAGGACAUUACAGGAUACAAAUGUCAAUCAAUCUGGCCCGGGCACCUUUAGUCCAGGAGGAGGACCCGGUACGCUCGCAAUCAAGAGUCCAAUCUUCAAGAUAGCUUGGUGUGCGAACGAAGAUCCCGAUGACACCGGUCUCCUUAUAGCCGGAGGCCAGCCGUCUAACAUUGCUGCCAAGAGCAUGACUUUCUUCGAGCUAGGACGCACCCCUAUAUAUAACACAUCCUCAUGGCAAAUCCUCUCUCAACACUUCGAAGAUCCUAAGCGUCAAAGAAUAUUACCAUGCCCGCCAGGGGUUGAAGUUGUCGAUCUCUGCUUGAUUCCUCGUUCCAGCCCACAUUAUGCAGGGUGUCAAGAUCCUAUCGUCAUUCUCGCCCUACUUUCAUCUGGAGAGCUCAUCACGCUAUCGUUUCCUAGUGGUAUGCCUAUUUCGCCUACGAAUCAACUGCAUCUCUCACUCACCCUUACCCAUCCCUUUGUGAACAACAUAAGUCUCGCCCCGGUCGAACGAACACGCUGGCUUGGUAUGACGGAAAAAAGACAGCAUGGCCCAAAGUUUCUUACAGGCGGCCACGAAGCAUCAUACCCUCUUAAAAGAUUUGAAAACCGCAAUGUUGUCCAAACGUCCCAUGCAGACGGCACAGUUCGAUUAUGGGACGCUGGGCAUGCUGAUGAGAUUGAGAAUAGCGCGCUCCUCCAAGUGGAUGUUGCUCGAGCUGUAGGUCGUCUCGAUAACGUCGAUACAACGCAAAUAUCAUUUGCCGGUGCCGCAUCCGAGCUCUCAGUCGGACUCCAGUCGGGUGAGGUUGUAGUUUUUCGGUGGGGUAUCAAUCAACAUUAUGGCCAGGACUUGCCUCCGGGUGAAAACACUCCUGGUUCCCUCACGAAUAUUGUAGAGAGGAGCGAAGCCGGAUUGAAAGAAGGUCUUCUCCCCUUUACGCUUUUGAGUGAAGACCAUGGGCCUGUAACAGCUCUCAAACAUUCUGAUGUAGGAUUUGUUGCCGCGGGUUUUCAGGGUGGAAGCCUCGCUAUAAUCGACCUCAGAGGACCGGCGACCAUCUACCAAGCCAGCAUGUCUGAUUUCAUCAAAGCGGACAAGCGCUCCAGCUUCCGGAAAAGUACCAUGAAUGCACCAAUGAAGUCCGAGUGGCCUACUAGCAUUGAAUUUAGUGUCAUGACGCUGGACGGCGAUGAAUACUCCAGCAUUCUAUGUCAUGUUGGGACCAAUCUGGGCCACAUCGCCACGUUCAAGCUUCUUCCUGGAUCCGACGGUCGAUAUUCUGCACAGUUUGCGGGGGCAUGCAUGUUGGAUGACAAAAUCGUAAGAAUCAGCCCGAUUCACUCUGCCAGUGGCCGACCUGCAUUCGCUACGCAGACUGCUGUGUCGGGCCUUCGAAACGGCUCCAAGGUCGACGGAGUUCUCGUCGCAGUCACAUCAUCGGGAGCCCGCAUCUUUAAACCCGCUACACAGAAAGGCGCUCACAAGACGUGGGAUCAGUUCUUGUGUGAUUCGGCUGCUAUCGUGCAGUAUCAAGACCUGGGUUAUGCACUCGUCGGACUCUACGGCGAUGGAUAUGCUCGCGGUUACUCCAUACCUGCAUUGAAAGAGAUUGGUGCGGUCAAUGUGUCAAGCAUCCUUGACGUCCGCCGUUUCUCAGAAGCUACCAUUACCAGCACUGGAGACAUCCUUGGCUGGAAAGGGCCUGCUGAAAUAGCUCUAGUCAAUAUUUUCGGAACUGGGGCGAAGCCCGACCAAACCAGAGAUACCCUCAUGAACCCCGAUCUCCUCAUCCCACCUCGACCCACCAUCUCCAAUCUCCAGUGGAUCUCCGGCACUCAGCACGUGACACCCGAAGACAUGGAUCUCCUCAUUGGCGGCCCCGACCGCCCGCCCUCCAAACGCAUGCUCGCCCAGGCACGCGCUGACGAAGAAACUCGCCGUCGCGAGGCUCGCGCGCAGAACCCCUCUUCCUCAUCAGCGUAUCCAUCCUACCCUACCGCGCAACAAAGCCAGCAGCAGGGACAGGAAGGGUGGGGUGCAUGGGCUACACGCAACUUCAACGAGCGCACCGAGAAGCUAGGCAUGGUGGGCGACAAUAUGGACCAUCUGAGUAGCAAUAGUAAAGGGUGGGCAGACGACGUCAACAAGUACGUCAACAAGCAAAAAAGGGGCCUAGUUACAAGUGCUCUGAAGAGCAAAUUCGGGUUUUAA